AAGGGAUAUGACUGUGGGGAUGAAGGAGAAGAAAUCGGGAGGUCAAUUCAACGGACAACCCGAAAAAGAAAAAGGAAAGGGCCGUCAAGGCCGAUAGAAUGGUGGAAAGGAGAUAAUAGUGAUUUGCUACGACUCGAAAGUAGUCCACUUACCGUUAACCUUGUAAACGGCACUCCUCAUUUUGUACCGAGAGGUGAUUAUAAUACCGUUGUGAGCACGGAUAUUCCGUCUACGACUGGGUUAGUAGAAUUAGAUAACCCGUCAACUCGCACGACACUUAGAUUAUCUAAGCGUACACGUCACCCCCCGAGUGCACAAAUGCAUAUGCAUAAUCCACCCCGAAACGGACUAUGCAUCUCUACACCCCCGGAUUUCGAUAUCCGCCGUCUGGAAACCUAUCCGGACGGAUUCUUUCUACUUUCCGGAUUAGAACGGGCACGCUUUAUGUUUAUCCACUCUAAUAUCUAUUGGUUGGAAACGCGUGUCACCAACAACGUUCUACAAAAUCCUUUCAAAAUCCCCCUCGAUGAGUCAACCAAACGCUUUCUAGCGCUGAACUCAAAAUUCUGCCCCAAACCGAGGUAUGAAAUCCCCCAACGAAUUCUACAUUCGUGGGAAGAUUUCGCUAGGUCAGUUCGUAUUCGAUGUCUCUUCUCGGAUAAACAGGAUGACGCGGACUUUGUUGCUAAAUUCCACAUUAAAACCGGCACAUCGAUCGGUAAUUUAGAGAAUCAUCCCGAUGUGGAGGAAGGGCUUCGCGUAGGCAAAUCCCUCCUCCAAAUCGCCCUGAGAAAGAUACAGACAAGCGACUGGCGACCUUCGAUCUCCUCCGAACGUCUAGAAGCUUUCGAUCAGCUUAUUCACCAUAACGAUUACAUAUUUAAACCUUGUGAUAAGAAUCUCGGCAUGAGUAUUCUACCAUCCUCAUGGUAUAUCCAAGAAUGUAAGCGACAACUUGCUGAUCAAUCGACCUACGAAUCUGCCUCCGUGGAUGUUGUAGCUUUAUCCCAACGCCUCAUGGAACUGACGGAUCGCUCAACAUUCACCAAACAGGCCAGGAAAUUUAUUCGGUUUAACCUCACGGAACCGGCUCUUCCCGAGUUCUACGUUCUACCGAAGGUCCACAAACUACCUAUUCGUGGACGGCCAAUUGUACCGUCACACAAGUGGAUCACCACUAAUCUUAGUAAGUGGCUCGACACUCAGCUACGGCCUUUUCUUUCCUCCUACCCGUGGAUAUUACGCGAUUCCAAGGCGUUGUUACGACACUUGGAAACCCUCGCUCUUCCUACAUCCUCGGAUAAGAUCUGGCUGCUGACUGCCGAUAUGACCUCCUUCUACAGCUCGAUUCCCACCGACGAGGGCAUCAAGAUUGUUAGAUGGAUGGCUUCCAUACAUAAACGUUCAGACGACGACGCCGACGUUCUCGGCCAGUCUCUGGAAUUUAUCCUUAAAAAUAACUACCUGGCCUUCGGUUCCUCCGUCUACCGACAGGUGAAUGGCACUGCUAUGGGAACGGCUUGCGCUCCAGCCUUCGCCAAUCUCUACGCAGCUGCCUACGAAUCACUCACCUUAGACAAGAAACCAGCGAGUCUCUUGUACUAUGGCCGCUACCUCGACGAUAUACUAGUUAUUGUCAAAGGCUCCAUCUCCGACGUCGAACAUGUGAAAACCUUUGUUAAUCACACGCUUCGGACUAUGGAACUCAGCUGGACGGAUCCUAACUCUCUGAAACGAUCGAUUGUGACAUCGGUCUACCAGAAACCGUCUAAUGCCUACCAGUACAUUCCUUGGUCAUCCUACCAUCCCCCGAAAGUGAAACUGGCCUUCGUCAAAGGCGAGCUAGUUCGCUACGCUCGUAUCUGCUCGACUAAAGCUGCCUUUUGCAAGGUUUCGCUUUUGUUCUACGAUCGCCUUCGCGCUCGGGGCUACCCACCCGGAUGGCUACGUACUGCGUUUCGCACGGUUCACUACGCGAACCGCCGGCAACUACUGGUCGACCGCCCUAAACGGCCUUCGAUUGAUAAACCCCCUUUGGUCUUCCAUGCGGCGUAUAAUCCCAUCUGGGAAAAAUUACGCAUGAAGCAUGCAUUUAAUGCAUUGCUGGGCAUCUCAAACGCUGUGAGUAAGCAGCGCUUCCUUGGAAAACGACGACGUCCACUGAUGUGUUUUCAUCGUGUACGCAACCUAGGGGACCGGCUUAAUGCUGCGAAUCGCAAAACGAUCUAUAGACUCGAAGGUGCACCUCCUCGCCUCUUCGCGACAGCCCCCAAUGGGGCUGAUCCAGAGGACUACACCUCUCUUCCCUUACAUAAGGACAUGACGACAACAUAUCGCUUCGUACCCGACCGACGGGUGACUUGUAUUUCUUCUGCUCCCCCUACUUGGGGAUAUGAUUCCUUUGUACACCUCGACUGUUGGGUGCAACCUCUAUCAACGAUCGAUCGGUUGGUAGCGACUGAAUGCCCUUUUUCAUGGCCAGGCUGCUACCAAUCCGUCAUCGUUGCCUAUUACACCCGCGAGUUCGCUCCAUCGUUUUCUACUUCUAUGGAACGAAGGGGUUUAAAACCCUCAUGGAGACUAUCUAGCUUCUUGCCUUCUUCUUCCCCUAUUUUUAGAGACUUAGGCCCUGUACACCUCCCUGUCACACAAAUAAAAUCAUGUACACUUCCUCUCUGUAACAUGUUGUGUGAGGAAAGCCAUGUGAUAGCCUCCCUCUGUGUAACUACACAUGUCACUCCUGGUGACAGCUCCCCACAGCUUCUAUAA